UGUUUGCAUGAUAUUUUAAUGUGAUUUCAGCGGAAAUUGAGUAUCUUUACCGAGAAGAUUUAUCCAAUGUGACACUACUCAGAGUAAACGAUGAGUUACCCAGCCGAAGAUCGACACGAGCGGGACGUAGUCGGCGGCCCGUCACGGAAUCCCGCUCAGGACAUGGAAAAACACGAGAAAUCAAAAGUUUUGGCUGCCAAUCCUGGAGGUAUUCUGCUUUCUUCUCACUCUUUUGCAUAAAUUUCCCUUCUUUUAGUUAUUAAUAUUAUACCUUAAUCCUUAUGUUAACCAGAAUUGCGGUAUUUCCGGUCCGUUUAAAGAAUGAAAUGUAUUGGACGCAAAAUUUUGAACAGAUCCACGUUGGCCACUAAAAAAUCUUUUCCUCCAGUUAAUGUGCCUUGUUUGAAUGUUUGUGUAUAAAGUUGUUUUGAAAAACCCUUGAUCAUCAGAGAAGCAGGGAGCGUUGGUUUAUUUUAAUGUAAUAAUCAGCCUUUUACCUAUGUGAUCAUCACAAACGACCUAUUAUUGUAAGGUUUCACUAUGAGCUGAUACUACACAAUAAAUACAGCAUGAAAACCAAUCAAUAGUCAAGUCAAAAUUUACGGCAAAUACUCAGAAAUGUCUUAAAAUUUGCCGUUUGAAUUGUUUUGUCACCAAAUAUUUUCGCAUUUGGACUUCAGUGAGAUCUUUUGCCCAUUCACUUGGCCUUCAUAAUUUACAAUACCAUCAGUUGCAUCUAAGCGUGGACACAAGACAAAAAAAGCAUGUUCUAAUAGGGUGCCAGACAUGACAUGCUUUGCCACCAAACAUUAUUUUGAAGUUUGACAGCCAUUAGAGCAAACUGUUGCACCAAAGGUAACUUGUUUGUAUGUUUUUGAUCAGAGCAUUCUGCUCUUAUUUCAUUUUUCUCAACUUUCAGGCAUAUUUCUUACUCAGAAACAGCACACUUGCCUCCAGAAAUUAUUCUAAACAUUUAAAAAUUUUUGCAAAGAAUAUUUUGUUGAGCGAAAACAAAUCAAGUCGACAACAGCCACCUAAUCCAAACUUCAAUGUUUGGCGGCAAAACAUGUUAUGUUUGCACCCGAGCAGAACUUGUUUAUUCCUCUCAUGUACAGACUCAGAUACAACCGAUGGUAAUAUCGUCUGGAUAUAUCAUCAUUAUCCACCACACCUCUUGCCCCUCUAGUUUAAGAUGGCAGUAAUUAUAUUGACAGUUUCUUAAAGAAAUAAUCCAACAUGCUGAAUUUUUGUGCCCCUCUUUGCAAAAAAAGAAGAAAAAGUAUGGUAAGAAUUUUUUUAAGUCUUCGAGUUCUUUCAAAGCUAAAAAUGUAAAUAGUGAUGUGUGAAGAGUCUCUGUUGCUAUUGAAGUUUGUAAAGACUUGUAGGGAGAACUUGUAUUUUGAUGUUGGGACUUAAAGAUGAAGAAUUUAACUUUGUAUGCUCGUUUCAUCUAUGUUCCUUUUGAGUGUCAGCAAAAUAUAAAAUUAUCCAUCACCAUACAGAAGGUACAGAACUGUAGUGAUGAAGAAAAGAAGUGCCCUGAACUUCAGUUCUGUUUUGCUGAGAUGUUUUUUCUUUUGUUACAGCUACCUUGUCAGGCCCAGAGAGUAGUGGUUUUCACAGGACACAAAUGGAUCAAGCAAACCUCAAGGUUUAGAUCAAAAAUGAUGUUUUCUGCCCCAUUUUGUUUGGUUUGGAUAUUGUUUUAAGCAAAAUUUUAUCUUGGUUGUUACACUUACCUCCGAAAAACUUACUUGCCCAUUUCAUUCCUUAUAAAAUCUAAUUAAAAGUGAAAAUUCAAAAACAUUUUAUUCCCUGCAGAUUGUCUGCAACUUUCUAAAUCCUACUCUGUAAAUAAAAUUACAAACUCUAGAACCUGAUCUAGGCAUAAAGGGGCCAUUUUAUUGUUACCUUUUUCGUAUUUCACCAAACGUAAAUUCACCUAUUGUAGAUUCUGUUAUCUCCCUCCCCCACCCCACCCCCACCCCCAUCCCAAAAAUUCAGAUUCUUUUGAAUGCUGUUCUCACCCAGAUACACAUCUAUUAUGAUACAAUAAUUGGUCUUUUUUAUAUGGCCUGCCUCAACUAGCCUUGCUAACUGCAGGCUAGUCGUAAUUUGUGAAUUCAAAUAAAAAAUUGAAAUAUUAUUGAAAGUUGAAAGUUUGUUUGGUGAACAAUUUGGCUCACCUAAGACGUGAGGGAUUAUAUGAAAUGGGUUUUGUGUACAUUCAUCAUCAUCAUCAGUAACAUGAUUUAUAUCAAACCAUUCUUUUGUGUUAUUGAGAAUUUAUUUUAACACACAAUUGCAGAUUGGUAAACCUCUGCAGAAUCGCCCAAUAGCCCCAGCUUCAGGGACACUUGCAGGGAUCAUUCCUGGUGGACACCUAGCACCUGGUCUUGUUGCCAGUGGAAUGCAGGCAUUUGGAGCUGGUCAUCCCCUGUUAGCUGCCUCCAUGAUGAGAAUGCAACAGCCUGCCUUCUCUCAUGUUCCAGCUGGAGCAGCUGCAGGGGCAGCUCUGGCUGGAGUGCCUCCACGGAAUACUUCAUUGCGAACUCCUUCAGUGCCACACCCUGUUAAACCAUUAGGUUUAAGCUCUCAAACUCCUGCCAGUGGUGGACAGUCGCAGACACAUGCACCUACAACGACAACGGGUUCUUCUCGACCAUCGUCUCCAGGGGCGUCAACACCCCAUCUUGCUACUUCUGCAGCAGCGACAUCCGUGAACCAGCCAGGAUCAGACCAUAAACCUGGUGAACUGCGUGACGCAAGACCAGCUAUGAUGCCUGAAUUAGCCCGGAGAGGGGCGUCACCAACUGUUCAGCCCAUGGGUACGUCACCACACCCUCCUGUUUCUGUUGGUGGCAAAGUGAUAAACAUUGUCCCUUCAGCUGCACAUCCCCCGACUCACCAAACACCCAAGGCAGCUGUUCCUACGUUACCCUCGCAUCACCCUAGCUCGGCACAUAGCACAGCUGUUGGAGUCUCUUCUGUUGGUAACAGCAUGCCGCACAUGCCGUCACCUGGGACUGGAAUGUCCGGUCAUUCGCAACAAUCAAAGAUGGUACCGUCCAAUGCUGUUAGUGUGACACCAGCCGCCAUAUUGACCUCAACAGCCAAAAUCUAUACUCCUGCUCAUCAUUUGGCUUUUACGGCACCACGACCAGCUCCCAUCUCCAGCUCAGAAACUACUAUGGUAUGAGCUUAUUUUUGUUUAAAUGUAAUAAUGUUGAUAACAAUAAUAUUGUGAUAAUAAUGAUGACUUUGACAAUGGCAAAAACCAUGGGCAGUAAAAAUGAGGCACAUUAGAGUUUAAGGUGUCUCAGAUUAACAAAGUAUGGUAUUAUAUUAAAUAUAGCCUCUCAAAUGGUAAACAAAUUUAGUUUGAAGAAAAUAAUGUAAAUAAAAUAAUGUCUCCAAAGUUUUAUUUUCAAAACUCCUUUGUGGAAGCAAGUUUUUCUUCAGUAAUGAGAUGAUGAUAAUGUUUUUUCCAGAAUCCAGCUGAUCACAGUAGGCUGACUAAGCCAAGCGCAUCAGCUUCGCCAGCAGCUGUGUCUUCCCAUCAGACUAGUUCCAUGUCCACAGUGCCACACAUGACUGGUCCUGCUUUCAGCUCAGGUAAUUUAUUUUGUGAUCUUUUUUGUGUAUUUUAGUAACAUAGCAUAAGCCGCAUUUACAUGUUAAAUGUGCAAAGACGUGGUGGCUGAUCAAGCACUUUAAGUAACACCUCAAACUUCAGGACUAUGGGUGUGGGUUUUGCAAUGUUUCCUUACAAAAGAAACCUUGCUCUUAAGCAGGUACCAGUGCAGCUUUGUUUUUUCUUAAGGAAUAAAAAAAGUUUUUUUUCGUAUUGCUGCUUCACAUGAGUAAGUCAACUCACCUGGUCCUAAAAGAUGAAAAUUCGUCAAUGUUAACAGCUACUGGGUCUAGUUUGUUACAUGUGUAAAAUCAUAUUCUGUAGAAGUACAGCCGAGUGGGUACACUAUUAUAUUCCUGGGAAAGAAAACAAUUUUAUUGUUCUUGGCAAAACUUUCAUUACUUGCUUCUCUUUAGAUUAAAGUGACUGAGAGUUGAAAGGCUGUGCAUUUUGUGUCUUUUUAACAUCUUUUGUUGCUUUUCAGUUGUGGGAAGUGAAAGCAGAAUGGACAGGUAAGUAGAACUUUUUGCUUGUGGUGCAUUUAAAUGUUUUGCUAUUUUAUUACAUUUAAUAGAAUAAAAUUUACCUCUGUAAAGACAGUAAAGACAAAGUUUUUCAAAAUAAUAUUCCCCUUUAUCGUUGAAUUGGUUGUUACUUGCUAUGUACUGUGUACAUUCAUUUUGAUAUCACAUUUUAUUCUGUAGAGCUCAUCAGGCAAUACCUCAGUUUCCUUAUCAUCACCCAGGCAUGGCGGGAAUGGCUGGAAUGGCUGGCUUGUUUUAUCAGGAUGCAUUAUCAGGUUAACUAUUUCAUUGUCCUUAUUGCCAUGAUUUUAUGAAAAACGGGGGCUCGAAGUUGCGACUGAUACGGUUGCCAAUGCAACUAACAUUUUCUCCUUGAUGACUAAAAAUUCUGGUUUAGUCCCCACUUUGGCGACUAGAUUUAUCUAUGAUUUAGGUUUAAACUAAAAGAGUAAAGUUAAAAUAAACAUUUCAUCUUAUCUUGCUUUGCUUUCGUCAUAAAAAAUGUGCCAAAUGGCAUAAACAAAGCCAGUUUACCUCCAAAUUUAUACCGACUUCUGUCUGCGAUAUUUUCAAACAAUCAAAUCUGGUAGAUUGCACCAUACUAUGAGCUGCAUCAUUUACAUUAUACAAACUGGCAACUAAAAUUUUGCAUCUGGCGACUGUAUUUCUCCAGUUGGUCACCAAAAGGUGACCUGAGGAUGUUUUUGAAUAUUACAAGCCCUGCAAAAGGAAACUUAGGAAAUGAUGCAGUGGAAAUGUCAUGUGCUAGAAUCUAUGCAUCACUUCCCUAAAUGUAAAUCAAUCUCUUCUCUCAAAUAAAUAAGUUCCUUCACAUCUGUGCUGGCAAGUGUUCAGAUUUGAGUUAGAGUUUUUUCUGUGACUUUUUAAAAGCUUAGUUUUAGCACACACAGAUACGUGUAUAGCCCGAGAAAAUAGCUGAUUUUCCCGGUUGUCACCACUGGUACGGCUUCUCCAAGAAAUGAUGUCUGAGAAUGAGCGCAAAAAUGCCAUACUGAUGAUGUGUCACUACCAAGAUCUAGAUGGUGUAUCUGAUUGGUCAUGCCAUAAGGAAAAUUUGCUUCAACUAAUCAAAAGCCCUUUCCAGAUCAGGGUUGUAACACAUCAUCAGUAUGGAGUUUUAACCUUGUUCCUCACACAUCAUUCCUCGGGGUUACCAGUGGUGGCAAUACCAAAAGUCAGCUGUAUUCUCAGGCCAACACAAAUACAUUUCAUAAGUAGGUUGAGUAUUAUCGUUCACAUGAACAUAGUCCUGAAUAGAGAGGAGAAGUUGUUACGUCACGUUCCCAUGGUAGCAAAAUUUCUGGAUGACACAAACCAAUAAUUCAUUUUAAGAGUGAAUUAAUUGCACUGUUUCAAACUUACCAGAGUUACCAUCAACUGACGUGAUACAACUCACUUUGACACUGAAGAUUCUACCGCACAGGUUGUCGAAACGUCAGUCACUGUCAUCAACAACAGUCCUAUUCAGGACUACGUUCACCCAGAUGAUCAAACUCAACCUACUUAUGAAAUGACUCCUGGGUUCAAACAUUUCACAGGUUUUCAAAUGUAUUCGUGGCCAAAUCAAAACCCUUUUUUGAAUAGCCUUAGUUUACCUACAGUCACUUUUCCAUUACUUCUCUUAAACUUUUUUUACUGAAUGAAGACAGGGAAUAAGUUAGUUCAUUGUGUCACCUUAACUUUUUGUUGUUGAUACCACAGUACACCCAAGCAUAGCACAUGCACAGUAUCACCAGCAAUUUGGGGCAAUGCAAUCACUUGCUAGAUCUCAACAGAGUGUUGCUACAUCUGCCGCUGCGGCUGCUGCGGCAGCUCAAGUCGCAGCUGCUGCUGGAGUUAAUCCCAUGCAAAUUAUGGAGCAUCCUCGGCUUAUUUUCCAACCAACUGCCGCUGCUGCUCUUGGGGUUGGAGGUAAGAAGUUUUUUUGGUACAGUAUUAUUUUCACUGUCUUAACUGCAUAUUACCCUACUCUACAACUUCUCUGGAUCUAAAACAUGUCCUCCAGACAUUAUCCGUUACUGUGCCUUGUGGUCCGUCUAUCCUGUUCGAGUACCAGUAUAUUCCUCCAAUCCAGGAGUCCUUUUGCCAUGGAGUAACAUUGUUGAAUUGACAUUCAAUCAACUUUGCUUGUUCAAUAAAUUAAAGAUGUUCAACAUUUUUGAGAUAAUAAUCCAGGGUCCCUUUGGUGUGGCUGCUUAGACUUUGCAAGAAGCAUCUUCCUUGUUAUGUUAGCCUAUGGUAAAGGAGUUUCAGUUGAUUAUGUUUAACAAACCUCUGUCAGUGACAUCAGAAUUUUGAAACUCUCAAAUCAAGAUUAUACCCAAGAAGGAGCAGUCUAAAUUACCAAUGCACUUUUUUAUAGCCUGUGAACAGCCAUCUCCUUCCCUCAGAAUAUGUUGGCGAUUUUUUCUGAGGGGAAGGGAUGGCUGUACAACGCUAUUUUUAAAGGUUACCAGAAUAGGGGUUCUUCUGAACUGUUGAUUAUUUCAAGGCAAAUGACUGGCUAGCUGCUUUUGAUGAUAAAAACAACAACCUGGUUCAUUUACUGCACUUUUCAAUUACACAUGAACUCUAAAAUGUAAAAGCCAGCUUACAUCUACAUUUUUUGCUGCUGUCAAUCAUAAUUACGAUCACAGGCAAUGAAUCUUGAAACACAGAAACACACAAAACAGAUCUAAAUUCGCCAAUCACAAACCAUGACUUUUUAAACUCGUUCAAGGAAACUUCUGUUUCCUAAGAGAUGAUGAUUGACGGCAGCGAAGAACACAAACAUUUGUUGGCUUUUCAAUUUCAGAAUUCACAUGUUUUUGGAAAGCACAGUAAGAGGUAGCUGAUGUUCUUAGUGAUACUGAUGAUAUCUUUUUUAGCUUCAGGAAUAGCCAGUCUGACAGGUUCAGAAACACCAGCAACAGCCGGUAUCAUGGACAUAGGUGCUGCAGCAGCUGGCCUCUACAGUGUCCCUAUCUUUAAUGUUCCACCAUCAGCUGGAAUGCAGGCUGCAGCACAGCUCUCUGCUCCCAACCCUAAUGCGACUUCUCCUCGUCCAAGCAUCCUGCGUAAAAGAACUUCAGAAGGGUAUGUUGGUAUCUUUUCAUAUAACUCACUGUAUUUCUUAGUGUCUUGUUGUCAUACCCCAAUAGCUUGAGCAAACGAGCACCUCAAGGAAAUGCAGAGCUCCAAAUAGGAAUUUUUUAAUUUGUGUGAGGAGCGAUGUCUAACUGAGUCCUAAGAUUUAUAUGACAAAAUGGAAUCAGUAAAUCUCAAGCUUUAUUUCCUUUACAUCUGAUUCAUGAUUCCUGGGUAUGUAAUGAAGUUGCAAUAAUAAUAAUAAUUUCAUUGUUUAAUUGCUCAACACAGAUUUAAAUUUAUCUUCAAAUGUAAAAUGAUAUUAUAGUUACUGAUGAAAUAAAAGACGGACAGAAUGUUCAACCUUGUUUGAGACUUAAGAUUUUUGUCCAUUAGGUUGCGCAAACCUCCCAGCCAAGUGCCGUUCAGUGCUGAAAUGCUUGUAUCAAAUCAAAGUGAAGCUGCUGCUAGUCCAAGAUCUGACAGCACACUAUCAGCUCCACAAUCUACACAAAACUCGCCCAAACCUUCCAGGUACGUUACUUGACAGAAAGAUCACUCCUGUAGCAGGAGAUACCCUGUAUAUCAUUUCACAUUUUUUAUAAAUCUGCAAGGCUAAGGUUAAAAGCUUAGAUUUCCUUGGAACCAAAUGCUUACAUUAGAGCAUUUGUUUGAUUGGCAAUAGUUGCAUUUAAAGUUCAGUUGGAUAAUAAUUAGUUCUUGAUGAACUUAAGUGAAAUGAUUGUUUGUAAAAGGAGAAAGAAACUUGUACUUAAGAAUACUUCUGCAUCUAUUAUGGACACCUUUAUGGCCAACACAAUGUGUCCAUCUUCAGUGAGAUGUCUGUUGUAUUCAGUGUCAAGAAGAGAAGGGGUAAAAAAAGACAGGGACUAACUCUGGGUGUCUGUCUUGUACAGAUGUCCAUCUUAUACAGGUGUCUGUCUUGUACAGGUGUUCAUCUUAUAUAGGUGUCCAUUAUGAGAGAUUUGACUGUAUGCCCAAAGUCAUUCAUUUCAAUUUUAAACUUAACGCUUGUAGUGAAUCUGGAAGUCAAUCUAAUGAGCCUGCAGUCACGACAGCAAGUGUCACAACAACAGAGUCACCCGCUGUCACUCAGACUGCACCAGUGUCACCAAACAAAGUCAAGAGGGAGCCAUCCAGUGAGGGAGCUCCUACUUCUGCUGCACAAACCACAGCUGAUAUGAAUGGAACCAUUACAACUGCUCCUUCCACGCCUUUGUUGGCAAAUGUGACUGCGGCAAGUGGUGAUGCUGCAUCACCGAGAAAGAAACCUAGAAAACAGAAUGUGUAAGUGCAUAGUUUGUAAAUCCUGCUUUCCACAUGAUCACUGCGAUGGUUUAAAUCACCGCAUAAAUGUUGUUUCUACUUAAUCGCUGCCUUUGCCAUCCUCGUUGCUAAAUGUCCCUAAAGUACAUUGUAAUAUAGUUGCUGAUUUCUCAGCAAAGGGUUUGCGUUUAGCGUAUUUUUCAAGAAAAUUGGAAAAACUCCAUGCAGUUUACCUUGAAAUACGUAUUUUUGAAUAGCAGCUAAAAAUACAAAGUGUUUAAAAUCUUUGUCGCAUAAAUUUGAUAUGGGGCGUUUGUGCAAGAAAAAGCGUAUAAAAGCCAUUUUUUGUUGAUUGCAGUGUUGCGACAGAAGAUAAAUAUGGUAGUAAUGUUAACAUGGAACCUGACUCGCCAACAGAUGAAGAAAAACAGUCAAAACCAGAUGAAGGUAUUAGUGACUUUCACUAUGGUCUGCCUUAAUUAUAAAACAAUUCUUACAUAUUUUAUCACUCUUUCCUAUAAGAUAUCAACAUAAUAUGAAAACUUUAUCCGAGGUUUCGAUUCUUUUUUAUUCUAGUGUUGUAUCUUUUACAUUAAGAUAAUAACUUAAAAUUAAACUGGACAGCAUCCGGUGACGUCACCACCAUUUUCAUCUCGCCACCAACGAAAUCGCUACCAAAAAGUCGACUCGCAACGAUGGUUACAGAAAGUAUACGUAGAGAACAGGUAGCGAGCUCGAAUCAGUGUAUAGCGAACUUGACAAGAAGCGAAACCGGCUGUUACCAUUGACAGGAUGUCUUGGUGGCGAGAUGACCGUAAAACAACUGGACCAGUGUAUUUUUUCUUGUUCUUAUAAAUUGUUUAACUAUCUGAGUAACUGAUUUUGCAUUUAAAAAGUUGCAAGUGGACUUAAGUGUUACUUGUAAGUGGAGAAUUAGCCCGUAAAUUUUUGAUGGCUCAUUUUUCCCUUAUAGCUGAUGAAGAGUUGAAGUUUAUACUGUUAAAGAGACCCAAGAUCUCCAUUGUCGCUAAUUACAAAAUCAACACGAAGGCGGCACACAACCACUUUCAGCGAUACUCAGAUGUCAAAGUCAAAGGUUAGCCCUGUCUUGUAUUCCAGGUUAUUACCCCUCUUACGUCUCAGUUCGAGAAAAUCGCACCUUUCAUGGUGUAAAAAUUGGAGAAAAACGUACGGUAUAAAAGAACUGCUGAAGAGGUUUCAUUUGAAUGGUCACACUAUAGGAUUUCGUCCACAAAUUUAAAAGUUAGAACUACAUACUAAAUAAAUAGUAUCUUGUGAAAGUACUGCUGAAGAGGUUUCAUUUGAAUGGUCACACCACUGGAUUUCGUCCAACGUUAUAACUACAAGCUUCAUAUAAUGGAGUUUGUUUAUCGUUUGCGUUAAGGACGGUUAUUGAUCGGGACUAAAAGAACCUCAAAGAUUUGCCAGACAAUUUAAGCUAUAAUUAAGGCUACUGGAGGACAAAUCAGUUGUGACGAGGAAAUUGAAAGUGCAGGGUUAUGUGAUCAACUUGAGCUGUUGAAAAAGAACAAGGUUUUAUAAGGAUUUUAGAACUCUGCAGGCUGGAUAGUGAAGCUGUGAUAACACUGGGCAAAAAGUAAGAGUAUGAUGUGAAAUUUUUAAUUUUUCUUUUGCAGAAGAGAGAAAACCUUCAAUUCAAGAAAUCGCCAGUCAAAAGGGAAUUGUACAGAGAGCUAAUGGCUGGCGAGUUCAGCACAUUGCGGGACAAAUAGAUGAGCUGGUACACACUAACCUAAAUCAAAAAUCUACUUAGCUUGUCCAGAAAUGCAAAAGUUAGAGUGUAAAACACUGUUCAGUAGCUUCAAUUUGAACGGUCACACUUAGAACCACCUUGUACAGCAUGAUAAACAGUACUACAGGAAAGUACUGCUCAGUAGCUUUCAUUUGAAUGGUCACACUAUAGGACUUCAUCCGCAGACUCAAAAGUUAGAGCCACCUUGUGCAGCAUAAUAAACAGCACCACAGGAAAGUACUGCUCAGUAGCUUUCAUUUAAAUGGUCACACUUUAGGAUUUCAUCCACGGACUCAAAAGUUGGAACCACCUUAUACAGGAUAAUAAACAGUACCACUGGAAAGUACUACUCAGUACCUUUGAAAUGAUUAGUUAGAUGUAUAAGUCUCCAAUAUAAAUUCCAGAUUUUCAUUUUUCAGAUAACUGCGGAACAGGAAGUGCUUAAAAAGUUAGGAGACUUGCGAGAUAAAAUUCCCAAACCAAAACCCGGCCAGAAAACAAAAUUUCAGGACGACGUACUGAUGCUCAAUGAACUCCUUCAGGUAAGGAGACAUUUUCCCCCGUUUCCAAAAGGAGUUAUCGUAGAUUUUCACGUCAGUUUUUGUACAGUGGGAUAUUUCGUCAUGCUGGUGUGUUUUUUACGGCACUAAAAUAAUAAUCUCUUUCAGGGAAAUAUUCAAAGAUCACAACUGGUUGUUGAGCAGCUUGGAGAUUCGAGAAAGUCUAUGGUAAAGGUAGGUGAAGCACAGAAGUACAAAACCGUAAAGAAAGGUUCAUGAAUAAACUGCAGAAAAAUCCUUAACAAACAAAAAACAAAGCAAUAGAAAAACGAAAUGUAAAACUUGUACAGCUUUAAGGGGUCGUGUCCUCGCGGCUGUCUAGUUCUUUAGGAUCAUUAUACGCGUCUGGGAAACUGUCCACCUACCCCUCCCCUAAGCCAACAUUAACACUUACUUCUCACUUAGGGCAAAAUGUUGGCUUAGAGGAGGGGUAGGUGGGCAGUUUACCAGAAACGUAUAAAUUACACGUCCUUAUACAUUCGGAAUGGAACUUAACGUAAGCUACGAAAUUACUGGCAAAUAGCAAAAACGCAGCUUCACGUCAAACGAAUGUUUCCCAAACAUUAAAUCAAACGUUACAGACAAAAACAAAUAAACUUUGAACACUGUUAGGCUAAUAAGUUGCAAUCCGUUUCAAUCUUCAAGUUUUUCCAUCCCUGCCUUCUUUUCUUUUUGCUUAGCCUGCAAAGCAGGCGUAUUUUGGAGCGGGAUCCAUGAAUUGUUUUCAAGAAUGACGUUGUCCCGCCAUCUUGGACGUUAAUACUACCAGAGAGUUGGGACGAGUCAGAUCAAUGUACCUCCGAGUUUUCGUCUGCAGGCUACUUUUUGCUGUGUUAUUUAUACUUUCUUUCAACGUUUUGAACGGUUUUUCUUAAGUUUCGCUCAAUUUGGUGGCAGUUUCUACAGUUUAGUUUUUACUGACUUUCGUGACAUAGCCCCAUUAAGGGACGGACCAUUAGAAAAGUUAUGGGGGGGGGGAGGAAUUUUCGAGCCGCGGGAAUUUUUUUUUCGUUAUCAAAUUCCUUGUAUGAAUUUUUUUAAGGCCUUAGCAUGAAUAUUUUUUCGGGUUAAUUGGCGUGUAUGAAUUUUUUUUAUACAAUUUUCCCUUGCGCGAAUAUUUUUUUUGUACUCCCCCACCCCCCAUAACUUUUCUAAUGGUCCGUCCCUGAGGAGUAGUCUCUUUUGUUUGUAUUUUCUGUGCAGGUUUUGGAUCACAGACCGCGUGUUAUAGAAAUCAUCCAGAAGCAGAUGAACAAACGGAAUCCCAAGAAGAAAAGCCAAUAGUUCCUUGUAAAUAGAGUAUUCUGAGUAUAUUAUAAUGAUAUCUAAAGUAUGAAGACAUGGCCGCCGCUUAUUGUACUAUAAGGAGCUUAGAACGGCGACGGGGCCGACGAGCACUCUGCACGUGCAUCACGCUUUUUUGUACGGCAUUUCUUUAACGUCAACGCACGACUAAAGUGUGAAACAUUCCAGUGUGACGUUUUAUAGAGGACGUAAACAUUCGACGGCAAAUGGUUCUUUCUCCUUUUUAAGGGCCUGUUCUCAUGGAGGUGGGGGACCUCAGGUAGGUAAGGUAACACGCCCUGCCGGGGUCGGAUUCGUGUAACAUCAAAUUCUCGCCAAAUUCAACUAACUGCCUCUAACGGAGGCUUUGCAUCGUUAAAAGUGACAAUAGAAAGCCACAGCAGUGGAAGGUUGCAGAGUAGAAGGACAUCAACCGCCUAAAUACGUCCUUUGCCCGCCAUUUUUUUUGUUUACUUGCUCAGCGACCAUUCAAUAAUCUUAAGAAAGUGCACCCCCGGGACUUUUAUGACGGGGUUGCAAGAUUGCAUGUUAACGCGUGUUAUUUUUUACUCCACCUGAGCGGGCUACCUCACCUGCCUGGGAUCCCUGUCACCUCCAUCGUCGUUGUUAAAAGUCUCUAAUUUCUUCAGCGGGCCUUUAGCACAGGUUUCCUAGUUAAGGUUCCUAGCUUCCAGGGUCGCGUUGUUCAAAGCUGGGUUAAACUAACCCAGGGUUAAUGCGAAAUUUGAAUUUAGCUGAAAAAGCUUACAAAGCAAAUUCAGCUUAAUUCUUUUUGUUUACAAUUUAACGAUUGGAUGCUCUCAAGACAAUGGAGAAAAUUACCCGAGAAAAUGUUUUUCAGCUAAAGGAAAAGAAACUUGAACUCAAAUUUAACCCGGGGUUAGCGCUAAUCGGCCUUCGAACAACUGGGCACUGCAGGACGAUAACGUGCUUCUGCACGUGCAGUUUAAGUAGCAAGAACAAUAAUAUUCAUCUGCAUGUGCGUUUUCUUGCCGAGUGAGAGUUAAUCUCCCAAUUUGUUAUUUCAUCCGCAAAAAAAUGAAAUUUGGGGCCAAUUU